AGAUAUAGGACGGGAAUCCGCUUCGAUCUUGCAAAGCAGCAAUGUGAAGUCUCUAAAUAUUAACGGGUGAAUUCAUGUAACUCCCAGCUUCAGUUCUCAGUCUGACGAAGCGAUGGCGCAGUUUAACUUGUUGACUUGUCAAGGAUGUACGUGUAUAUGAUAUGGACCUGCGUGCCUUGAUUCAAGGAAAUUCUUCAGGGGUUAUAACACCAGUCAUGAUUGCCAGUUAUAGUAUGACUUAACCUUGUCGUGCAGCAUUUCCCUUUGUUUUUAAUCAUCGUAGACCACAGAUGACUUCUACUAAGGAUUCAACUCCGGCUAUGGAAGCCAUAGAACUUGAAGUUCCUCCAGGUAAAGAUGCUCAUCGUCAAGAAGACCCAGGGUCGCCUGCGAUCAAUCCACUUUUAGAUGACAGCCAUGAAAACAGUAAAGGAGACGACGGGCACUUGAAAAAUGGGAUAGAAAUUAAAGAAAAUGAAAAAGGAAACUUCAAAGAGACUGGGGACGUGAAGAAAAAUGGUUCCGUUGAAUUUAAAGACAUAACAGAACAUUUUGAAGAGAGCAAAGAAAAGUCCAGCUACAAAAAACGCACGCGGCGAUGUGAUGCGUGCCGCACGAGUUGCUAUAAUUUUUGUAAACCAUGUAUGACGAAGUACCACCCGCCAGUGACAACACGAGCACAGCGCAUGCGCCAUGCUCUGAUGUGCCCGCCUCACGGGAAACUCGGGCGGGUCGUCACCUCAAAACUAACGCUGAUUCUGCUGUGGGCUGUCUUGUGGGCGAUCACCAGAGAUGAAGCGCUCCCUGGUGGAAAUUUCUUCGGCCUUAUUGUGCUGUUCUUAGCCUGUAAACUUGGAGGGUUUUUAGUUAGCAAGAUACGACUUCCACCUUUACUAGGCAUGCUGAUAGUAGGUUGUCUCCUCAGGAAUGUCCCGUACAUAGACGUCGCCAAGGACAUUAAGAAAGAAUGGUCGUCUUCCAUAAGAUCCAUAGCCCUUGUGGUCAUCCUCAUCAAGGCAGCCUUGGGUUUGGACCCUAAAGCCUUGCGCCGCCUCUCUCACGUCGUUGCGCGGCUAGCCUUCAUUCCAUGCGCCUUUGAGGCGGUGUCCGGGGCCGUGUCCGGCCACUUUCUCCUGGGCUUUCCCUGGGACUGGAGCUUUAUGCUGGGCUUUGUUAUGUCGGCUGUGUCCCCGGCAGUCGUCGUUCCCUCCAUGUUGCACCUGCAGGAGCAAGGCCUUGGCGUGGAUAAAGGCAUCCCCACUGCUGCCGUGGCUUCGGGGAGCGUGGAAAACGUGGUAGCCAUAAGCGCUUUUGGGGUGGUUUUGGGAAUUGCCUUUUCAAAAGGUGAUUUAGCGUUCUCUAUCAUUCGUGGUCCGCUGGAGGCGCUGACGGGAGUGGUAUAUGGCGUGAUCGGCGGACUCAUGUGUUGGUAUCUGCCCCAUAUCAAACACAGGAAGCAGGUGUCGUUCAGGACGUUUUUGGUAACAAGUGGUGGGCUGUUUGCUCUGUUUGGUAGCGGUGCGGCCAAAUUCCCUGGGGCUGGGGCCCUGGGGUGCCUGACCAUGGCAUUCGUGGCGUCCCUGGGAUGGCGGAGACAGGGAUGGACAUCAAGCAAUCCCGUGGCAAAGAGUAUUGGUAAAAUGUGGCUUAUCUUUCAACCUCUGUUAUUUGGUUUGAUCGGAGCUGAGAUAGACAUUACCAAACUCAAUGGCGGAACAGUCGGCAUCGGCAUGGGCGUCCUCGGUAUCGGUCUUGCCGUACGGUUUGUAGGCUGCGUACUAGCCGUAGUCAGGACGGACUUUAACUUCAAGGAGAGGCUUUUCGUACCAAUAGCCUGGCUGCCCAAAGCAACGGUCCAGGCCGCUAUAGGAUCUGUGGCUUUAGACACAGCAAGACGGAAUAACGCGAGUGAAGAGGAAGAGGCGAUGGGAAACACGAUUCUGACCCUGGCUGUUCUUGCCAUACUGGUAACUGCCCCGAUAGGUGCCGCUCUGAUCGCCCUGACGGCUCCUAGGCUGUUACAUCAGAGCCCGAAGGAAGGAGAGGAGGAGGAGGACACCAAAAAAGAAAAAAAUGAACCUGAAGACAAGACAGAAGAAAAAGAAAACGAGGAGGAAGAGGAGGAGGAGGAGGAGGAAGAAACACCAGAAUCCGAGGUUGAAAGUGACGAAGAAGAGGAAGAGGAGGAGCUAGAAAAGGUGGAACACCUACUAGAAGAAGCAAUCCACGAAUACGACAUCCACCACCCCCAUCUCCACCCCCACCACGUGCACCACACUGGUGACCACACCCACCACGAGGAGCAUGCGCAUCACCAUCAUCAUCACCACCACCAUCACCACCAGGAUGAGGAGCACCACCCAGAUCCUGGUGAUAAGGAAGAUCCAGAGACUGGAAAUCAGAAGCCGGUUCCUGAGCCAAAUCCUGAAAGUAAAUCCCAAGGUGAAACUUCUCUAAGUGACCCCUCGUCCCAAGGCUCUAAAAAAGACGGCGACGACGCAAAGACAAUGGAGAGGAAUAGCACAAAAGUGGAAACUGUGAACGAAAAGGCUCCUCUGCAAAAUGGUGCAGACAAAGAGGGCAAGAACCACGACAAAUUGAAGGCCUCUGAAACCCAAAUCUCUCCUUUCCCUAUAGCUCAUCAAGACGUGAAAGGCUCCGAUGGGUCACAGAAAGCCACAACAGACAACUUAUGUAACAGCCAGUCGACGUUCUCUUGCUCUUACGACGAGGUAGAACAUAAACGCAAAUGUGCAAGGCUGCGAGAUUGCUGUUACCAGUGUUGCGAACCUUGCAUGACCGAGGCCCACCCGCUGCCACCAAAUCCCACCAGAGGUCAAAGGUUGAAAUAUGCCCUCAUGUGUCCACCCCAUGGGCACAACGGGCGGUAUUUGACCCUCAUUGUUUCUGUACUGCUUCUUUGGGGUGUCCUUUGGGCUAUCACUGGGGAUAACGCCUUACCUGGCGGGAACCUGUUUGGGCUGCUUAUAUUGUUGAUAUGCGCUCAGCUUGGUGGGAACGUGGCAGAAUUGAUCAGGCUUCCUUCGCUGUUAGGUAUGCUGUUGGUGGGCGUGGCACUGAAGAACAUUCCAUAUAUUUCCUUUGCUAGGGAUAUUGACAGGCACUGGUCCGUGGCAAUCAGGUCUAUUGCACUAGCGGUGAUCCUGUUGAAAGCAGCACUGGGCUUGGAUUCCAGGGCCCUGCGUAAGUCUUCCGCCUCGGUCCUCAAGCUUGCCUUUCUCCCGUGCCUGGCUGAGGCGAUCAUCGAAGCUACUGUGGCACACUUUUUACUGGGCUUCCCCUGGGAUUGGAGUUUUAUGCUCGGGUUCGUCCUGUCAGCAGUGUCCCCGGCAGUGGUGGUACCUAGCAUGUUACACCUCCAGGAGCAAGGUCUUGGAACUGAUAAAGGAAUUCCCACCAUCGCCGUGGCCGCUGCAAGCAUAGAGAACGUUUUUGUCAUUAGUCUGUUUGGCGUCCUGCUUGGGAUUGCCUUCUCACACGGACAAUUGGUGCAGAUGAUUCUACAGGGUCCUUUGGAAGUGCUGAUAGGUGUUGUAUAUGGUGUCGUAGUGGGAAUCGUGUGCUGGUAUUUUCCUCAUAAGAAACACAAAAACCUGGUGAUGUACCGCACGUUUCUUCUAUCUGGCGCCGGGUUGUUUGCGUUGUUUGGAAGUGUUGCUGCCGGGUUUCCAGGGGCAGGGCCUCUAGGCUGUCUUAUCUCGGCGUUCACGGCUGCCGUUAGAUGGCGCAAGGAGGAGUGUAACGACAUUGUACGUAUCUCCUCUAGUGAGACGAUUAAGUUGAUUUUUCAAAACUUGACGUUGGUUUACAUGCGCGAGGUGCAGUACUGGUUCGUCCUGUCAGCAGUGUCCCCGGCAGUGGUGGUUCCUAGCAUGUUACACCUCCAGGAGCAAGGCCUUGGAACUGAUAAAGGAAUCCCCACCAUCGCCGUGGCCGCUGCAAGCAUAGAGAACGUUUUUGUCAUUAGUCUGUUCGGCGUCCUGCUUGGGAUUGCAUUCUCACACGGACAAUUGGUGCAGAUGAUUCUACAGGGUCCUUUGGAAGUGCUGAUAGGUGUUGUAUAUGGUGUCGUAGUGGGAAUCGUGUGCUGGUAUUUUCCUCAUAAGAAACACAAAAACCUGGUGAUGUACCGCACGUUUCUUCUAUCUGGCGCCGGGUUGUUUGCGUUGUUUGGAAGUGUUGCUGCCGGGUUUCCAGGGGCAGGGCCUCUAGGCUGUCUUAUCUCGGCGUUCACGGCUGCCGUUAGAUGGCGCAAGGAGGAGUGUAACGACAUUCUUGACGUUGGUUUACAUGCGCGAGGUGCAGUACUGACGCGCAUAAAAGAAAUCAUAGCUCAGUUCUGGGUGUUGUUCCAACCAUUCCUCUUUGGCCUUAUUGGCGCCGAGGUUGAUUUUAAGUCGAUAGAGGGCAGCGCAUUAGGGCGCACCACAGGUCUGGGUCUUGCCGUCCUAGGCGUGGGUCUCUGUCUGCGCAGUGUGGUGACGUUUUUAACCAUGAUAAGGUCGCCCCUGAAUAUGAAGGAGCGGCUGUUCCUCGUUCUGUCGUGGCUGCCCAAGGCUACAGUGCAGGCUGCCAUUGGUUCCAUCGCCCUGGACACAGCCAGGGAUCAUGGUCAUGGUGACAUGAAGGAGUUCUGGGGACUACAGAUCCUCACCAUUGCCGUGCUUUCGAUACUUGUUACCGCUCCGAUAGGUGCCGCUGCGAUCGCACUCACGUCACCAAAACUGCUCCGCAAGACCAAGACAGACACGGAAGAAAAGAAAAAGAUAAUAGGCGCCGAAAUGAAUGACAUUAGAAGUAUAUCUUUGGAGGACUUGCAGCACGAAACUAACAAGGAUCAUAAGCAAAAUUAACUAAUGGCGAUUUUGGAUUGAUAAAGAGGUGGAAAAUUACAAGAGGAGGAUCUAAAAGAAGCGUAAAAAAGUAAAGGGUUAUUCAGUAAAAUGCACUGAUCGAAGUUGGCAUUUUACAAACCUUCUCAAAAACACUUUGUUUUCAAAGCACACUAUCAUGAAAACCCAGCAACUGUGUAAGGCUUUUUUGAGAAUAUCCCAAUAACGGCGAACUUCUAACUCGUUAGGCUUAUAGGGUGCGGUCUUAGACAGGUAUUUAACUAAUUUUGUACUCGGCUUUGAGGAUUAUAUCAAUAACCAGUUAUGAAAGUAUCUUAGUAAUCAUCAAACAUGAAAAGCUUACAUCCUGUUAACCGUGCCAACCAUUCGGGACAUCUCGGCUGAUUCCGUACCCAGAAUCUAACAUACGAAACUCCCAGCGGCUGGCCGAAGAUAAUUUCCUUGUCAAUAUACACAAUGUAUAUACCAGUGCUCGGGCAGCAUCUGAGGUUGCAAAGAUUUUUUUCUUCUUAAAAUUAUUUUGUUUGAUGCAUUAUAACAUUUUUCUUUAUCAACCCAUUUGGAGAUGCCAAAAUUGACCUUUACUUGUGACAAGUACGUGUACGUGCGUGUUUAAUAAGGAAAUGCGGUAUUUCAGCCAUGAAGUAUCUUUAUCAGCACUUUGACAUAUUUGCCUCUCUUCGAUUUACCCUAUUUACGGUGAGCGUGUAAGACUGCUCAAAAGAAAAAAAAGCCCAGUGAAAAUAAAAGGAUUUGCUUUCAUUGAUGUUUGAUAUAGAAUGUUUAGGUAAUAGUCGUGUAAAAUUGUUUUGGACGGUAGAGAUUCAGAUUGAGCAAUAAUUUUUGAUACCUCAAAAAUAGAUUAUUCUACCUUUGUCUCUCUCUCUCUCAGGAAAGGGACGCUUACACUGCAAUAGGCAGCGAGCGCAACGCACAUGUUUUUUAAGAACUUAUCAGCCAAUGAUAUUGCAGGCAGAAGCCCUAAACAAACAAUCUAUAUAAAUACAGUGUUGGGGGAGUAGGGAGUAUAUUUUUCCUCACCAUACCCCCUCAGAUUUGUCCCAAAUAAAGAGAUAGAGGGCGUAUUCUGCUUUUGAUCCCACUGCCAUCACUCAACAUGUUGAACUUAUUAAGUUUAUAUUAUGCAUUUAAAUGAAAAAAAUAUUGCCAGCAACUUUGUGUAUUGUGUAAAAGUUGUUAUAAUGAUAGUGAUAUGGAUGCUUUCAUUUAUACAUUUAUGUUAUUUGAAAUCCUAUAGAAAUAUAUAGGCCUAUCAGAGUAUUACAGCUAUUCCAUAUGAAAAACACUGCAUUACAAUGUGCACUCGAGCGUUCAAAAAAUCUCCGCAAAAAUGUUCCGUAACGUUAAAAUCACAACGGUUGCAAAUAAGAUGGGUAUUUUAAAUCCAAAAGUUUGCCCAGAGUUCAACAAGAUAGAUGAUGCUAACAAAGGAUAAGCGAAAGCAGCGUAAUUUUCAGUUUUAUGCAGAUUUUAAAAUUGACGUCAAAGUUAUCAAUAAAAUGUGUUUCCUUCAUAGAAAAUGUCAAUUUUUUGUUCUGAUUUCUUUUUUGAUGAUCAUUCUUUUAAAGGCGAUUACGUACAUCUUAAGGCAAAAUUCGGUUACUGGCAUUAUAGCCUAUUUUCAAGUAUUCUUGACACUGUUAUAGUCACGUAGCGAGGCGACGUUCUCAAUUUUUGAAUUGCGUCAUUUCUUUGUUGCACAAUGUGGAAUAGUGAUCACGAUUUGAAAUAUAUUAUGUUAACGGGAUCCUAACGAUUCUACUAGUAAUAAGGAGAAUUUAUUUACCAGUGUAGCUAUUAAAACUAAUAUUAUAUUUAACGAAAGACAAUUUGCACUUCAUGUUACGGAUGGAUUUAAUUGUUACAAAUAAUAAACUUGCAGCAUUAAAGUGAUAGCAGUGCAAGCAUGUAUCAA